CUUCCGGUUGCUAAAAUAAUAAUGGUCUAUAAGUUACUUGUUAACUUUAACAGCACGUGAGGAGAACGGUUAGGGAAAUGAUAACGUUCCUUUGUACUUCACAACUGGAGAAACCAUGAAUGACCAGCGUUAUCUAUAGACAAGCUACUAGGAGGAGGGAAACUUCCUGCUGCUAUCAGCUGUGUGAAGUUCACUUGAGAUGAGUUUAAAGAGUUUGAGUAAGCGCACGAAACGGGCAUAUGAAUUUCAAAUGGGCUCCAAAAGCGAAGAUUACAACUCGCUUGACUCCAAGACGACCACGAUGAAUCGAGGAAAUUCCAAAAGAAACUGGGUGUUUGAGACGUUCAAAAGGAAAGAAUGUGGAAGAUUUAUAGCGUCUCCUAUCAACGACAGAAAAUGUUGCUGUGGACGAGACAAAGAGCUGCACAACAUCGACGCCCUCCUCCCCCCCAUAGUACAAGACACAAAAUGGGUGCCUACCAGACACACCGUAACGCUCCCAACAGACGCGUUUGGCGAGCUCGAGUUCCAGGGAGCUGGGCAACCAAGCAGAGCUAAGUACAUACGACUUGCACAUGACACCGAUCCUGAACUGGUACUGCGCCUGCUUUGUGGGGAGUGGGCGCUGGACUUACCCAAGCUACUCAUCUCUGUUACCGGUGGUGCGAAGAAUUUUAUUCUCAGCCCAAAGAUCAAGCGAGUUCUGCGUGAAGGACUCUUGAAGGCAGCGCAGACUACCGGUGCUUGGGUCAUCACAGGAGGGACCAACACAGGUGUGAUGCGUCACGUGGGUGAAGCUGUCAAGGGGCACACUGUCAUGUCCAGGGGGGAGCAACUAAAGAACACGGCACAUCAAGUACAUCUUAUCGGUAUUGCAUCAUGGGGGAUUGUCGAUCAUAAGGAGAUGCUUGUCAACCCCAAGGAAGUGGUACCGUACCAGAUGACGUCCAGCAUGCAGUCACGUGGUGCCUGUCUAGACAACAACCAUUCGCACUUUAUCCUGGUAGACAAUGGUACAGAUGGGGAGUACGGUGGGGAGAUAAGUUUCCGCGCAAGCCUUGAAAAUUUGAUCGCGAGCAAGAAAAUGGCGCGUAGCUGCGAAAAAUUCCACGGAGUUCCUGUGGUUUUACUUGUGCUUGAAGGUGGCCCGAACACGAUCCGCACAGUCCUGGAGUCCGUGUCCAGAUGCCCUGCGGUUCCUGUAGUUAUAGCAGAGGGAAGCGGACGUGCAGCGGACAUUUUGGCAUUCGCUCAUCGCUUUAUAGCGCCAUCGAACGGUGAGAUGUCUGGUGUCGCUGAUGUGGUUGAGCACCGUCAAUUGUUGCACAAGAUCGAGAAGUCGUUCGCAGAAUGCUCUCCUGAAGAUCGUCUCAGUAUCUAUCAGAACGUGCUCAAAUGUGUGGCCAAAAGGGAGUUUGUUACAAUUUUCUGCGUGGAUGAUGGCGGCCUAGAGGUCGACAAGGCGAUUCUACGGGCCCUGCUUAAAAGUCAACACUCGCAGCUAGAGGACCAGCUCAGCCUUGCUCUGGUGUGGGACAGGGCCGAUAUUGCAAAGACCGAGAUUUUCACCGAGGACCAGAAAUGGGAGGUUCCGAUGCUAGAGACGGCAAUGAUGGAAGCGCUUCUUCACGAUCGUGUGGAGUUUGUCGACCUGCUCCUUGAUAAUGGCGUCAGUAUGGCUAAUUUCCUGACUGUCAAGCGACUUGAAGAGCUUUACAGAAAGAAUGCCUUCACGAGUAACACGCUACGGUUUCUUCUCAACGAGUCUAAGGGAUGUCCUGGAUUCAAACUUUCUGAUCUAUGCCACGUGACCAAUCGUCUACUGGGCGUAACCUUCCAGAGAAUGGAGUGUCAAAGCGCCUUAGAAACGAGCCUUGGGAUUCUACACGGACGCGUUUCUUUAGGCGACCAGAGCAAAGUAUCUACGCGGUUCAAGUGCCCGUACAACGAGCUGCUCAUCUGGGCAGUCCUGUGUAACAGGCAUAAGAUGGCCUUGUACAUGUGGGAACGAGGCGAAGAGACCUUAGUCAAGGCGCUGGUCGCGGGAUACCUGUACAGACAGAUCGCCUGUCUGGCAUCGAGGGAUGAAUUAAUGGCUGAUCUUAGUCAUGAGCUGACACAACAAUCCAAGGAAUUUUACGACAUCGCUCUUGGACUACUCGAUGAAUGCUACAAAGCGAAUGACGUCCUGGCGCAAAGGCUCCUCAUUUAUCACCCUGUGUACUGGGGUGGCCGGACGAGCCUCUCGCUAGCUGUUGCUUCACGACACGAGGAGUUUGUGGCGCAUUCGUGUUGCCAGAAAAAGCUGACGGAGAUAUGGAUGGGCGCCUUAAAAACAGGUUACAACGGUUCGCUCAAGGUACUGCUAGGAAUACUAUUCCCGCCUCUAAUAUUUGCUCUUGAGUUCCGGUCACGUGAGGAAAUGCAGCGUGUACCAACAACAGACGAUGACUCAGCAGAUGACCUGCCGCCUGAUUUCGACCCGUAUCACCACAGGGAACCCGGUAGUGCCCAGUACAAUGAUGGCUACCUCGGAGAUGGGGUGGCAUUUGUCAAAAACAGGAAGAGUUCUGGGAACGAAGAGGAGCCGAUUGUUGAAAUAAGAUCAGAUUAUCCUUGUAAUCGGCACACAAAGCUCGGACUUGGAAAAAGAAUCAUCGGUUUCUACAAUGCGCCGAUUACCAAAUUCUGGUCCAACCUAAUCGUGUAUUUGCUGUUUCUGGUCGUCUUCAGUCACGUGAUCCUAAUAGAGCUCCCCCCAGUCCCCUCGAUUGAGGAGUGGGUCCUCAUUGGAUUUGUUUUUUCUCUUUGCGCGGAGGAAGUACGCCAGUUCUUCGAGUCCAGUGAUUGGGCAUCAAAUGUAUGGAAUCUCUGUGAUGGUUUUGCCAUGGUGCUGUUUUUUCUGGCUGUCGGUCUUCGGCUCAAUCCGGGAACCUUGCGGAUCGGUCAUCUGGUCUACAGCCUCGAUAUCAUGCUGUGGAUCAUCCGUCUGCUUGACAUAUUUUCCGUUAGCAAGGACCUGGGUCCGUACGUCGUUAUGAUUGGUCGAAUGGCCAUAGACGUGAUGGUAGUCAUGGUGACCAUAGACAUGAUGUAUUUCCUGGUAAUCAUGGUGGUAUUCUUGUUGGCAUAUGGUGUGGCCCAGCAAGCAAUUCUUUUUCCACACGAGAAGCCUUCGUGGGAACUCAUCACAAAGAUAUUCUUCCGUCCAUACUUCCAAGUCUACGGCGAGCUGUUUAUCGAGGAUGUAGACUACUCGAGUAAUUCCAGGGAGACAGCUUUUUCCACGCCCAAGUUUGACGAGUACGGCGGUCGCUUGGUCACUGUCAUCAUGGCGUUUUAUCUGCUCGUCGCCAAUAUUCUGCUACUGAAUCUACUGAUUGCUAUAUUCAACAACACAUUCUCUGAAGUGCAAGCAAACUCGAAUCAGAUCUGGAAGUUUCAGCGUUUCAGCCUCGUUAUGGAGUACCGGCAGAGGCCACGUCUCGUACCGCCAUUUAUCUUGAUUGCGCAUGCGCAUGGACUUGCCAAGGCGAUAUGGAAAAGAGCAUGUGGAGCCCCGGCAUCCAGACAGGCCGACUGCAAAUUCAAACUGUUUCUUGGAAAGGAAGAAUACCACAAACUGAUGCUAUUUGAGGAGCAAUGUACGGAGACAUUUCUCAAGCGCAAAGCGCUAGCUUUCAAUGCUACCCAGGAGGAGAGGGUGCGGGGGAUUGUCGACAAAGUGGAAUCCAUAGCCGCUGGACUCCAAGAGGUGAUCAAAGCCACGCAUGCGCUGGAAGGCCGCCACACGAGGCAGGAAGAGUACACACUACAGAUCCUUGACGUGGUGGGCCACCUGCAGCUCUCCUUGCCCAAGGGCAUGGGAUCCCUGUGUGACCCGGAGGAGGACCGCUAUUCAGAUGUUCCUCUGAACCCCAGCACGGACCUCUAUGCUCGUGGCACGUCCUACGGUGGGUACGAACUUCUAGACGGAAACCCAGCCCCUAGUAGAUUCAGUCGUAUGCUGAGCAUGCCCGAGUACAUGAACCAAUCAAAUAUGGUCCCUUCACCCCAGCAGCAAAGCCCUCCGAUGUACUUCCGGAAAAAGCUUCCGCUGACCAACCCCUAUCAAUACCGGAAACAAUUCACAAGCAAUAAUCGGAAGGGAAGUGUGCAGAAAGCCGUCUGGAAAUUCAAACGACGGCACACUCUCCCUAGGCCUAUAUCAGACGCACUUGAAGGCGAAGAGACUGGGUCUGACAGAAUAAGCGAUUUUCUCGAUGGCUCGGAAACCAAUAUUAGCGCCCGGUCGAGGAGUCUGAAUCGAGCAGAGAGCGAGGAGACGACGAGUCACAGUACUGUAGAGGUGCCCGUGCGCCCGCGGUCAACCUCUUUGCCACCUGGUCUGCGAAAUCCCGCAGUAUACCUCAAACCUGGUCGGGACCACAACCUCCACAUCAGGGCGAGGCAGACACCGUAUCCAAAGUCUACACAGCAACGGUACCCCGUUCCAGACUUCUUAGUUGAUUGGCAGAUGCCUUUCCCCGGAUAUUUUCCCGAUACGUACUCUGAUCCUAGUGUUGCCGCGCAACCGCCAUGGGCAGACAUCGACUUGCUCGAUGUGUCUUAUCUUGACAUCCAGCUGAGGUUUAACAGUAUCGACGAUGACGGGGUUGACAGGCGAAGUCACAUGGGAGUGUAUGACCUGUUUGAUGGACUUCCCAGAAACCCAAUGGGUCGUACAGGACUUAUCGGCCGAGGGCUACUGGGACGAUGGGGACCGAACCACGCCGCUGACCCCAUAGUAACGAGAUGGAAAAGAAAUCCAGAUACGGGCCAACCUUUGGUGCUGGCUGGUAAACGAGUGCUGGAGUUUGUCGCUAUUCAACGAAGCGAUACUAAGGAGUGGGCUAUCCCGGGAGGAAUGAUGGAGGUUGGAGAUACCAUUUCCAAGACACUCAAGAAGGAGUUUUUCGAGGAAGCGCUUUGCUCCUUAGAAGAAAGUGAAGAGGAAAGAGAGAAAAUGGAGGCCAAGUUGCAUACGUUCUUUUCUCAAGGAAUCGAGGUGUAUAAGGGUUACGUGGACGACCCACGUAACACGGACAACGCAUGGAUCGAGACAGUCGCGCUCAACUUCCACGAUGAGACAGGAGACAUUCUACAGUCUGUCACACUGAAGGCUGGAGAUGACGCCUGCGGUGUCCGAUGGCAAGAAGUCAGCAGCCAUAACGUGCUAUAUGCAAACCACCUGCACAUACUUCAACGAGUAGCUCAGCAACAUAAAGCUUUUUUCUAAAGACACUUCUUCCGUAUCACACUUAUGCCGAAAGGUUGAGACGGUGGUAAUCAAUGUCAUAGUUAAAAUUAUAUGAAAACUAUUCAAAGACUGAAGAAUGAAUUGCUUGAAAGUUAUUAUCACUACAACUAUUUUAAUGAAAGCUGACUGUAAUAAAAAGAAAAGUGAUUACUACUAUCGCCACUGGUCAAAUAAAACAAAAUUUGCAUCUGC